CAGCCUUGAGGGAGGAGCCAUGCUAUUUGCAGCUUGCCCUGUAGCCUUACGCGAGAGGAAGGAGAGGGUGGAAGGAAGAGAAAAUGGCUCAAGUCCGCGUCUUUGGGGGUCACGCGGUUACUGGAAUCUAAAAGGAUCAAGGGUCCGCCCACGUAGCCGCUAUGGAAAUAUGACAGCUGAGGAGAGUCCAGCCAAAAGCUGACCCAAGCGAUUGGGUCCUGCCUAAUUCCGACGUGGCCCUACUUGUGGCUGAAACCAGCCUCCCGGCGAGGAUCUGGAAACUUCAUCCCUUUCUCCCAAAAUAUACUCGCUUUGCUUUGGUGGACUUGAAAACGUCUAACUGUACCGAGGAACGCUGGAUGUGGUGCAAUACAGCCCAGCUACCUCCCGCAACUAACACUUCAAAGUUUUGCAUCUCUACUUUGGGUCGCGUGCGUAUGCGUGUUUAAAGGGAAAGAACUUGCCACAGUAUUUGCUAUCGGAAUUCUCUCAGGACGGGGAAGGAGAUUGAACAGCAGAAAUAACAUUGGGAAGAAGGUGCAAGGAAUCGGGUGGGAGAUAGCGGCGUUGUUUGGAUUAAGCGAUCGUAACCCCCGAAAGAACGAACUCCAGCUUCGGAAGGCCAGUGAACCGAUGGCUACGAAAUUGUCGACUUGUAGCUUUUAGAGAGGCUAGGGGGAUAUUCACCGUCGGAGCGCUAAAGACAAGGGCAGAGAAAGCGCGAGCUGCAGGAGAAGGGGAGGAGAAAUCAGGCAGCCGAAUGGGAGCCUGCUCUGAGAGUCCGGUCCGGGUUUUGCUUACAGCCCCGGGCAUUAGCAAUAGCGGCGGCAGCAAGAGGCAGCCCUUUGCAAUGUGGUCCGCCUGUCUCGGCACUUGCAGAGCGAGGAUGUAGAGCUUCGCUGCCGCUCCUGAAUGUGUCCGGCGGGGAGUCCGCUUCGCUGAGGUCCCUUUUUGAGAGAGGAUACCUUGGGGCAGGUGUUAAAAUCGCCAGCAUCACCACUGGGCACGAUCUGGAUUUGCCUCUCUAAUCCGGCUAGCGCCAGCGCGCGCGCAACACGCACACACGGACUGCCCGGGGUGGCGGGUGCAGCUCUCCUUCCUCCCUCUGCUUCACGGCUGCUAUUCUUGUAGCUCCGGACCGCUUAGCUUCUGGUAGGUGCAACAAUCUGAAGAGGCCUUUUCUCUGGGUUCUAUAUGUAGAUGUAGGGCGGGAAGGAGGAAAGUCUUGCGGAAAAGUUUGCGGCGGUGAAGUAAUUCCCUUCCCUUCGGGUGCUGCCGAGUGGAUGGCGUAAGUCCCUCUGGCUUCCUUCCACCUUCCGCGCCGCCUUCCUCCGUCCCUCCCUGCUUUCCUUCUGGGGAGGUGUUGCUGCCGCAGCAGCACAUCCACGCUGGUCUCAGAUCAGUGGCUCCAGACAAAAAGCGAGGGGGGAUUUGGGGUGUGUGCCGCGUGCGAUUCUGAGCAGCGCCAGCGGCAAAAGAGCAGCUUCGGGAGGUCCCCUGAAGAGGGCGGGCUCUUCCCUCGAUCCCGAAAGCCAACCCGGGGCAGAGACCUCGGCUCCUUUUCUGUUUCUGCAGGAAGAGAAGCGGCCGGAGCUGCCCGCCGAGGCUGUGAGUGGACCCGCCAGGAAGGAAAGAAGAGACGUCCUAGAAGCUUAAUUUCUUCGGCAAGGAAGGCUUCAUUUCACCUUCUUCUCUUACUUGAGGUGGUUUCACGAAAUAAGCAGCAAAAAAGUUAGAAGUCACGGAUUCACUUGAAGAUUAUUUUGUAAACAGCAUUUGCUUCUGAUUCCUGCUUUUUGCACAAGUAAGGAAAAGAUAGAAAAGGUUUCCUGAAGAAGAGGACGUUCAGUUAAAGAACAUUCAUCCAGAGGGAGGAAUCUGAAGAUUUGUUGAUGGAUUUCAUAUGGAGUAUCAUUUAAUGUGCUGAGAUAAAUAGAAGAACAGGCCACACACCUUUCUGCUGCUGUUUACAUUUCAGGUUCAAAUACUAAGCGUUUGCCUAAAAUAUGUCAUAUGUGACAUCUGGUUAUGUCCUUGAUCUUCAUCCAUAACCUGGUUAACUCAUUGUCUAUUUUAUCAUAUGCUGACAUUUGUAAACCAUUCCAAGAGUGCUAUAAAGCAUGUGGAGUGAUAUAUAGGGCUUUGUCUCUGUCCUGAAACUUAACUUUGAAGAUUCUGGUCUGGACACAAGAUAUUGAGGAUAUAUCAAAACCAUUUAAUUCUGUAGGGUUAAAUGGGAAGUAAAAUAUUCACCACUCGCCAGAGGAAGUCAUAGGCAGGAGUUUUUCCCAGACCCAUGUAAAAAUGCUGGAAUUGGACUUGCACACAGAUUCUUUUCUUCUCAGAGCUACGUGUGAUAUAUGAAACCUGCAGGAGAUGUUGUAAUGACUGUGAAAUUACACUGAGGACAGAUCUUGCUCCUUCCAUUUUUUUGUGAUUACUGCUCUUACUAUUGUGAUUGAUCAUUUUCUACAAGUGAGCUGGUUGCUUUGUCUGGUCUUUUUGUUUAAAAAAAGAGAAAGAAAGAUGUCUGAUCCUGACGCCCAUCAAGAUGCUGGUAUCAAGCCAGGCUUGUUGGAAAAAAGCAACAAUUCUGGUGAUUCUCAGCCCUCAAUCAACUUGGAAAGAAGGAACAAAAGUGGGAUAAUUAGUGAACCUUUGAACAAAAGUCUUAAGAAGUCUCGACCACUGUCCCAUUACUCUGCUUUUGGUAGCAGCAGCUCAUUAAGUGAACAUUCAGAGAAAUGUGUCCCUAUGACCAACAGCAGUGAGGCAAUCGUGGAAAAAAGCAAUUCUACCUCAAAGCACAAAACCAUCUCUGAUAUGUUGAGCAGAUCAGAUAUUUCUUUGGAAGGACAGAACAUCUUGCAACAGUUUGCUCAGUCUACAGAGUUGCUCAAAAGAGUAGUCCAGGAGCACAUCCCUCUGCCUAAUGACCAUGGGACGGGCAUCUCAGACAUGGAAGCUGUCUCAACAGCUGAAACAAUGAACAACCCAUCUGAUUUUCCUUACCUGGGGGCUUUUCCCAUCAACCCUGGCCUUUUCAUUAUGACCCCUGCUGGUGUAUUUUUGGCAGAAAGUGCACUCCAUAUGGCUGGCUUAGCAGAGUACCCAAUGCAGAAUGAAUUGGCAUCUGCCAUCAAUUCAGGGAAAAAGAAACGAAAACGAUGUGGCAUGUGUCCUCCUUGCAGAAGACGAAUAAACUGUGAGCAGUGCAGCAGUUGUAGGAACCGUAAAACUGGACAUCAGAUUUGCAAAUUCCGAAAAUGUGAAGAACUUAAAAAGAAGCCUUCUGCUGCACUGGAGCUUCUUGUUCCAGGCGUGUGGCUGAAGUAAGGGGCUGGAAAUCGGAAAAUCUCCUGUCUGCCACCUCUUCGUUGGAAAGAUCAAUCAAAUCAUUUAGGAAGAGUGGUCUUAGUUUCAUUUUGCCUUUUUUCUUCUGUUUCGGCAUUUUAGCAAAAAUAAUUAGCGUACCUCAGUAGCUAAAAACUAAUUGCCUAUGCGCUCUUAUCAGAAAUAACAAAACAAGGAAAAAAGCCAUAAAUCAACCGUCCGAGCUACCAGAUGUCAGGGCGUUGAUUAAUCCCAUGUUUGGCUCUGGUUUAGAGGAUGGAUCGAGGCUUAUUCCUUGUUGCAAUAUUCUGAAAAAGAAACGCGAAGAAAAGUUUCUAAUAAAACUCAUUUAUUUGUUAUAAAGAAAAUAAAACACCUCACUAACCAAGAAAAGUUAAUUGCUACAUUUUUGAAAAUAGUUCUUGCCGGCUAUUUCUCAGCCGGACCUUGCUGGCAAGAGAACAAAGGAAAGAGUGUGUGAAGCAAGUGAAGGAAUGUGGGUGGAUGCACAUGCGUAGUAGCUUCUGAUAACAAUUCUUGGCAAGGUACAGAAAGUCAGAUAGUCCAGAAAUAAUUGGCUCAGCUGGUAAAUAAAAUAACGCAGUGACACUGGGAAAGGUGAUCUCCUGCAUAGGCAUCGUACCAUGGGCCCGCCUCCACUGCAGGGUGCUGCAGUGGUUUCUUCUCCCAUAUCAGAGGACCCAUCAGAGCACUACAUCCCCCUUGGUCCGGAUUCCCCUAGAGGUCUGACACUCCCUCAGAUGGUGGGUCUCCCCCGCCUUGUCACAGGGUCGGGAGUUCAGGGAACCCUAUCGCUUAGUUCUGACGAUGGACGCCAGCCUUCACGGCUGGUGAACUCACCUCGAUUCAUGCAUGGCCCAGGAUCAGUGGACUCCAGAGGACCUGACCCACAACAUCAAUUGGUUGGAGCUCCGGGCAAUCCACCUAGCCCUGCAAUCAUUUCAGAUGGUGGUCGAAGACCGAGACAUUUUGAUUGUGACAGGUAAUGUGGCUGCCAAGUGAACCGCCUUGGAGGGACCCAUUCCUGGCACCUCAUGCAGGAAGCCAUUCAGUUGGGCCUCUGGGCAGAGACUCAUCUAAGAUCCAUUCAGGCCUCUCAUAUAUCAGGGUUGGUGAACAUGCAGGCGGACCCGCUCAGCAGAGCUUCAGUUGACCACGGGGAGUGGUGCCUGCACCCGGACCUGUUCAGGGACCUCACGGUCUGAUUUGGGGUUCUGACAGUUGACUUGUUCACCACCCGCGACAAUCGCCAGGUGGAGAGAUUGUUUGCCAGAUAUCCAAUGCCAGGAGUGGAAGGCAUGGACGCCCUGCGCAGCCCAUGGCCUCCAGGUGUGCUUUACGCCUUUCCCCCUCUCCCCAAGGUCAUCAGGAAGAUGCUGGAGAAGGGGGCAGAGCUACUGCUGCUGGCUCCUCAUUGGCCCCGGCGCCCCUGGUUCACGGACCUGGUGGCCCUUUCUGUGGCCCAGCCUUGGAGAUUCCCUCAGGCCAGGAUAUCGCUCAGCCAGGGGCAGUUGGUCCACCCGGACUCUUGGUGGUUCCAACUGACCGCCUGGCACUUGAGCGGUAUCUCCUGAGGAAGGACCAGCUAUCCUCCAGCGUGAUUGACUUCAUUCAGGCCUCGCCUCGCGAUAGGAUUCCAUCAACCGGAUCUAUGUCACUACCUGGCGGGCUUUCAGCAAUUGGUGCUCCAAAAUGGCUCUGGAGCCUAGGGAGGUGUCCACGGUGAACAUCCUGGAAUUUCUGCAGGACAACCUAGAGGAGGGAUUGGCGCCUAACACUCUUUGGAGACAGGUAGCUGCCCUUUCUUCCAUUCUGUGGUGCGGGUCCAGGAGUUCCCUCUCACACCUUCCUUUGAUUCGACAAUUCCUUCGGGGGCAGCUAAUCUUCGUCCCCCUGUUAUCCAUUGGUUUCCCACUUGGGACUUCACAUGGGUCUUGAAUGCCCUCACCAGAGGUCCCUUUGAACCGUUGAGGGAGGCCAGUCUUAAGUUUUUCUUCUACAAGAUGGCCUUCCUGGUGGUCGUAACCUCGGCUCGCCGCAUUUCCGAGUUGGCGGCUCUCUUGGUGACCUGUGUCUUCCAUUCCGACAGGGUUGUUCUACGACUGGACCCUACCUUCAUUCCGAAGGUUAAUACCACGUUCCAUAGAUCUCAGGAAUUGAUUCUACCCAAUUUCUGUCCUGAACCAGUACACCGGCUGGAACGCUUGUGGCAUACCUUAGAUGUCUGGAGAGCUCUCCGUGUAUAUAUUAAACGGACCUCCUCCUCCUUUCAACCUGCCACCUUGGGUCAUAAGGUUACAUCCUCCACUCUAGGUCUCUGGCCCUGGGCUUGUAUUGCUAAAGCCUACAAGGCCCAGGCAUUGCCCGCCCCUUGGCGUAUCACUGCCCACUCCACCAGGAGUGCAGCCACCUCGGCGUCUUGGGCUACCCAGGCCUCCCUGGGGGACAUCUGUAGGGCUCCCACCUGGACGUCCCCUUCCCCAUUUGUCUGCCAUUAUAAAUUAGAUGAUGUUCUGUCCCCGUCCCCCCCCCCACACAAACAGCCAGCCAGGGGUUAAAGAAGUACUCGGCACACACAAGGUUCAUUAUCAGGAACUUGGCAGCAAUACGAUAACCGUCUGCCAAGUGCUUUACUACAAGAAGAGGGAGUGUUCCUCCACCAGAUAACACCAACGAAUACACACAGUUUUCAAAGCAGUCCAGCUCAAACAUGAAACCUUCAGCAGAUUUGGCGUUGUACAAAGUGACUAGCCAGAAGUUAGCUUUGUCCAUCACAGAGUCUAAAUGGCCACCACACUCUCUUAUAUAGCCUGUGGGGUGUGGUCCAGUGACUCAGCUUAAUCCCUGGCACGCCUCCUCAUCUGCUGCAAAUGUUUAUCUUGCCUUCGUUGGCGUGGAUCCAGGAACGACUUAUCACUCUCAUUGCUGUCAUCGGAGACACCUGGCUCCUGGUCAAUCUCCUCUCCCUCGGCAGACACCUGAGGCAUUGCCAGAGAGGAGGGGCCUGGAGAGGGAGGCCUGGCCGGCUCCUCUCCUUCAUGUUCGGAGCCUUCUUCCUCCGAUAAGAUAGGCUCGGAGGAUGGAGCCACAACACUAUCCCCCACCGCAGGGCCCUUCCCCCGGGUCUGACGGUCGGGAUGUGGUCAGGACGGGAACUGGUCGUGAAAGGCCCGUACCAGGUCAGGGGCCUGAACGGAAGAAGCGUCCACCCAGCUGAAAUCCUCGGGCCUGUACCCCUUCCAGGCAAUGAGGUAUUGGAAGCGCCCCUUCAGCCAACGGGAGUCCCGGAUGCUGUCCACCUCGUACGUCGAGGUGUCGUCCUCGUCGGCUGCGGCUGGGGGGGGCAGGCAUUGUCGGGCGUCGGAGAUGGCUCGUUGGGGCUUCAGGGACCAGGAGGGACCGAUGGAAAACAGGGUGGAGUCGCAUGGAGCGUGGCAGAGUCAACCGGUAGGCCACCGGGUUGAUGACUGCCUCGACCGGGAAGGGACCAAUAAAACGGUGGUUGAGCUUCUUUACCGGUCGGUCCGUCGGGAGGUGUUUCGUGGACAGCCAUAUCCGGUCUCCCACUACCAGCGGUGGCAUCGCCCGUCGAGAACGGUUGGCGACCCGCUUGUAGUCCUCCUUUGCCCGGGUCAGCUGCCGCCACACCAGCUGCUGCACUGCUUGCAGUUCCGAGAGGAAGUCCUGGGUUUUGGGAACAGGAGAGUCCGAGAUGGCCAGUGGGAAAAACCGUGGGUGGUAUCCCGCGUUGGCAUGGAAUGGGGUCAUCUGGAUGGAGGUGUGUUGGGAGUUGUUAAAGGCGAACUCCGCCAGGGGAAGGUACUCGGCCCAGUUGUCCUGCUGCUGGUUGACGAAACAGCGGAGGUACUGUUCGAGGAUGCCGAUGACCUUCUCCAUUCCCCCGUCAGUCUCCGGAUGGUGUGACGAUGACAGGCACACCUGCACCUCAAACGCGGCCAUCAGGCUUUUCCAGAAGCGGGCCAUGAAUUGGGCCCCGCAGUCCGAAACCACCCGGUCCGGCAGGCCGUGGAGGCGGAAGAUGUGUUGCAGGAACAGGCGUGCUGUGUUGUGGGCUGAUGGCAGUCCACGGCACAGGAUAAAAUGUGCCAUCUUUGUGAGCGCAUCCACCACCACGAGGACGGUCGUGAAUGUAGCGGACAGUGGCAGGUCCGUCAGGAAGUCCAUGGAGAUGGCUCCCCACGGUCUCUCCAGUGUCGGCAGCGGCUGGAGGAGUCCAGGAGGUGGGCUGGAUGCGGCUUUGGCCUGUCGGCACGUCACACAGGAUGUCACGUACGCGUGCACGCCGUGCCGUACCUGAAGCCACCAAAAAGUCCAAGUCACCAGUUUCAGCGUCUUAAAGAACCCGAAAUGCGCCGCGGGGUUGUCAUGGCACUGGUUCAUGACAAGGGCUCGGAGCGGACUCGUGGGCACGUACAACCAGUCCCGGUGCUUCAACAAGCCCUCCUCCAAAGUCCAUGGGGAUGCGGGGCCGACUUCCGCUUUCCGCUGCUGCGACCAGUCAUCCUGACGCUGCGCUUCUAGCACCUGAGCCCGCAAGUCCAUCGGUUCUUGGACCGUGGCCAAGGAUUUCGCUGGCAGCACCGUCCGUGGGGAAGGGAGUCCUUAGGGCAAAAGUACUCCGGCUUGCGGGAUAGAGCAUCUGCUCUCUGGUUGUGGCCGCUCGGGAUAUAAGUCAUUUGGAAGUUGAACCGGGCGAAAAACAACGACCACCGGAUCUGCCGCUGGUUCAACUUCCUGGCCGUGGUGAGGUGCUCCUGGUUCCGAUGGUCCGUCCGCACCUCCACCUAGUGUCGGGCCCUCUCGAGGUGAUGCCGCCAAGCCUCGAACGCGGCCUUGAUAGCCAGCAACUCUUUUUCCCAGAUGGUGUAAUUGCGCUCAGAAGGAUUGAGUUUCCGGGAGUAAUAAGCGCAGGGAAAAAGAGUGCCGCCAUCCACCGGGGCCUGUAGCAGCACCACCCCAAUCGCCACAUUGGACGCAUCUGUCUCGACUAUGAACGGACGAUGUGGGUUGGGGUGCCUCAGGACAGGUUCCGUGAUGAAGGCCUGUUUCAGGACCUCAAAGGCCUGUUGCUGCGGGGGACCCCACUGGAACGGAACCUUCUUCCGAAGGAGCUCGGUCAGCGGCAAGGUCAGGGUGGCGAAGCCCGGGAUGAAAGUUCGGUAGUAGUUGGUGAAACCCAGCAGAUGCUGGAUGUCCUUCACCCGACGAGGGGGUUCCCAACUACGCAAGGCCUCUACCUUGCGCGGGUCCAUGGCGAUGCCUUUGGGGGAGAUGAUGUGCCCUAGGAACUCUAUGGAAGUCUGGAAGAAGAAACAUUUCUCCAACUUCGCAUAGAGUUGGUGCUCCCGCAGGUGCUGUAGGACCUGGCGGACAUGCUGGAGGUGGCUUUACUGGGUCUGGGAAUAGAUCAAAAUGUCAUCCAGGUAUAUAACCACAAACUGGUCCAACAUGUCCCGGAAAAUGUCGUUCAUUAGAUGCUGGAAAACUGCGGGGGCGUUGGUCAGCCCGAAUGGCAUGACGGUGUACUCGAAGUGGCCGUAUCGGGUGCCAAACGCCGUCUUCCACUCGUCCCUCUCUCGCACGCGCACCAGAUUGUAGGCCCCUCGGAGAUCAAGCUUAGUGAAGAUCGAGGCCUCCCGCAACCUCUCCAUCAGCUCCGAGAUGAGCGGCAGGGUUUAACGAUUCCGCACGGUGAUUGCGUUUAACCGCCGGUAGUCACAGCACAGGCGUAAGUCCCCCGUCUUCUUCAGAAAGAGGACCGGGGCUGAGAGAGGGGAGGACGAAGGCCGGAUGAACCCUCGAGCAAGUUUUUGUCCAGGAAGUCCCGUAGGGCGGCCAACUCGGGCUCCGACAUGGAAUACAGGCAUCCCACGGGCAGUGGCGCAUUGGGGAUCAGGUCCACCGGGCAGUCAUAGGGUCGAUGCGGGGGUAAGCGGUCCGCCUCCUUUUCGCUGAACACGUCGGCGAAGGGCGUCAGCUCAGGAGGCAAAGAGACAGCAGGGGUGGAGACAUCCUGGCCAGCACAGGUGUGGCAGUUGUGAUCGACACACUGCAGGCUCGGGAAGGAGAUGGCAUUCCUUGACCAGGCCACCUGCGGAUCGUGGGCCCGAAGCCAGGCCAUCUCCAAGACCAGCGGGAAAUGCAGGUCCGCCGUCACAUAAAAUUGGAUCGCUUCCUCGUGGGCCCCAAUGGUGAGGCGCAAAGGCUGAGUCACGAACUUAAUGGGCCUCGCUACAAGUUCCCGCCCAUCAAUAGUCUCGACCCUCAAUGGAGGGUCCACUGGAACCAUGGGAACCUUAAAAUGGGCCACAAAGGCCUGGUCCAUGAAGUUUGUCGUGGCCCCCGAGUCCACCAGCGCAUGCGCUUGAAGCCCCUCCGACCGGUUGGCCAACAAAACCCGGGUGUCCAGAAUCAGGUGCCGAGGGGGCUCACAGUCCACAGCCGCCGACUCCGGCGGGGCAUGGCUACGUGCCUGACCCAGGGUUUCCCCUAGGCCAGACCUGCCCCGUUUCCCGGCUGGUCACGCCAAGAUUCCGGAACAGGCUUGAGCGCCCCACUGCUCUUCCUGGGGCAGGAGGCGGCAAAAUGUCCAGCCUCCCCGCAAUAGAGGCACAAUCCCCCUUGGCAUCUCCGCAUUCGCUCCUGGGCUGUCAGGCGUGGUUGAGCCACUCCCAGCUCCAUGGGCUCCUCCGCGGUUGCCACGAAACGCGGGGUCACCCGGGACGCUGUCGGUGCAGGACGCAGGGAUGCAGAAACGGUCGGGGUUUCCUGGAUGGGCCGGUGGGUCUUGCGCCGUUGGAAGCGGGCGUCGAUGCGCAAACACUGUGUUACGAGGGCGUUGAGGGUCUGAGGCGCCUCCACCUGCACCAGCUCGUCCUGCAGGUCGUCGGAGAGGCCAUCCUGGAAAGCGUCCCUUAACGCUGCAUCGUUCCAGUCAGAGUCCUGGCCCAGAAGCCGAAAUUCAGCCACAUAUUCCUGCAGGGGCGCUUCCCUUGACAGAGGUCCUUGAGGCGCCUGGCUGCAGUCUGAGUCUUCAGGGGGUCCUCGUACAUCACCCUCAGAUGUUGCCAAAAGCCCUGAUAAUCUGCCAACAAGGGGCUAUUCUGCAGCAAUAGGGGUAUGGCCCAUCGGGCGGCAUUGCCAGAGAGGAGGUUAAUUACGAAUGCCACCUGAGCUCGGUCGUCCGGAAAGUCCUCUGGCCUCAUAGCCAUAAACAAUUGGCAUUGUCCCAUGAAGGCCGGGAACAUCUCCUGCUGCCCAGAGAACUUAUCUGGCACAUUGAUAGGGCAUUUCUGACGGGGAGGAGGAGGAGGUGGAGGGACAGCUGCAGGUGCAUUUCCCAAAGCCAGCUGCGCAAUUAGCUGGCUGACUUGCUGCUGCAGGAGCUGGUUGGCAUCUUGCAGCUGCUGUAACUGCUGCUGCAGCUGUUGGUCCAUCAUGGUUAAACAAUGGUUUACAUUUCAGGUGACGGACAAGAUGUUCUGUCCCCGUCCCCACACACACACAAACAGCCAGCCAGGGGUUAAAGAAGUACUCGGCACACACAAGGUUCGUUAUCAGGAACUUGGCAGCAAUACGAUAACCGUCUGCCAAGUGCUUUACUACAAGAAGAGGGAGUGUUCCUCCACCAGAUAACACCAACGAAUACAGUGUUCAAAACAGUCCAGCUCAAACAUGAAACCUUCAGCAGAUUUGGCGUUGUACAAAGUGACUAGCCAGAAGUUAGCUUUGUCCAUCACAGAUUCUAAAUGGCCACCACACUCUCUUAUAUAGCCUGUGGGGUGUGGUCCAGUGACUCAGCUUAAUCCCUGGCACGCCUCCUCAUCUGCUGCAAAUGUUUAUCUCGCCUUCGUUGGCGUGGAUCCAGGAACGACUUAUCACCCUCAUCGCUGUCAUCGGAGACACCUGGCUCCUGGUCAAUCUCCUCUCCCUCGGCAGACACCUGAGGCAUUGCCAGAGAGGAGGGGCCUGGAGAGGGAGGCCUGGCCGGCUCCUCUCCUUCAUGUUCGGAGCCUUCUUCCUCCGAUAAGAUAGGCUCGGAGGAUGGAGCCACAACAGAUAUGUAUGUAUCAGCGGAUGUAGCCUUUGGGUGCAGGGUGCUUCAACAGGUUCACACUGACCGGGGGACACCGGGCCGGUUGGCUCCUCCCCCAGUAGGAUAUCGGCUUUGAUAUGUCCCAUACCUGGCUGCCGGUCCCACUCUUCUGGAGAAUGGGCAUUGGUCCUACUUGAAUGCCCUUUCUGUGCAUUGUGGGCCCGGCAGCCAGCGCCAACCUUGGCCUCCUGGGUCUGGUGUGGGUGGCUUCUUGGGGGCGGUGUUUCCCUUCCUGUGGUGGGGGCAUAACCUUGUCUUUGCAGCUCAGCAUGACAGUCUGCAGCAUCAUCCUCGUCGGAAAGCUGGGAAGCAAGAGGAAGAGGAGUGCUUAAUAACUUGCAGACUCGGUCCUGUUGGAUAUCAGACUGAGUUAACCCAUGCCUGGCUGCCAGUUCCACAAUGCAGAGAAAGGGCAUUCAGGUAGGACCAAUGCCCAAUCUUAGUAAAUUGCAUCAGUUGCUUUACCCUGGUCAAGAUGUGUGGUCCAAAUGUUUCUGCAGUGUAGAAGUUGCAGAUUGCAGGACAAAUUUUUCCUGAAACCAAACUGCUUGUUGGAAAGCAAGUUGUUUAUUUCUAAGUGGAGGGUAAUGGAUUGAUUUAUAAUUGAUUCCAUGACUUUACAGGUGACGCAACAGAGUAAGAUCGGUCUGUUAUUUUCCACUAGACUAGGGUCUCCCUUUUUAAAAAUAGGUAUGACCGUGGCUAAUGACCAUAAAUCGGGCAAGGAGCUGGUUCUAAAAGAUACCACAUAGAUUGUACAUAGAGGUUCAGCUAGGGCAGUGGCGAGCUUUUUCAGGAAGUAGGCACAUAAGCCAUCAGGGCCAGUGGAUAGAGAUGGCUUUAGGUUACGUAGUGCCAUUUCAACAAUAUCUACUGUAAGAUCAAUAUGUAGUAAAUCAUUACAAUUUGUUAGGAUACGACUAGGAAAUGGGGGGUCAGUCAACAAAGACUGAGCUGAAGAACGUAUUUAAAAGGUUGGCCUUAACAGCUUCAUCAUUACAGUCUUCCCCGUUAGGCCCUUUUAGGAGUGGGAUAGUUUUCGAGUCUUUAAGAUUGGUGUUUAUGAAAUUAUAGAAGGCUGUGACGGAGUUUAACAACUCUUCCUCCUGAUUGCAAUGGUAACUGAUUCUGCCUUUAUCGGGUGGCAUAAGGCUUUGUAGUGGUUUGUAAAAUUACCAGGUUUUUUGGACUAUAAGAUGCACCACUGUACAAGAUGCACCAAGAUUUCGAAGAGAUACGAAAGAAAAAAGGUUUUUGCCCUCCCUGGCCCCCAGGAGCACUCUGCAGACCUCCCAAACCCUCUGUGCGCCCUGAUUUUGCGAACAACGGGCCCAUUUUUCGCAAAAAUGGGAUGAGCGGGGCAGGGCUUCGGGAGACCAAAAAUGGCUAUAUUUGGUGUAUAAGACGCACCAACAUUUCCACCCUCUUUUAGGAGGGAAAAAAGUGUGUCUUCUUAUACUCCGAAUAAUACAGUAGCUAUGUAGCCAGUUUUGUUUUCUCGCCAAAGAGAUUUUUUUUUUAUUGUAACUUUCUUAUUGAUAUGGGUAAUUUUUUUUUUUUUUUUGGCUUUAGGGGUUAUUUUUGGUACAUAUAGGUUAAUGACUCUAUUAACUUCGAGCAAAAAAAUGUUAUAAUGGUCUUCUGCAGUAUUGCAACCUGUGAACAAAAGGUGCCAACCAAGAGAUGAGGCAGCUAUGAAAUUGUAGUUGGCUUUUUUAAAAUUAUAAUUUGGAGUCCCAUCAUUAUGACCCUCUUUGCAAGGACACAAGUUGAGACAAAAAUAAACCAUACUGUGAUCACUGUUGGAAAAAGAUUCUUUAACUUGUAGGCCAUAAAUUGAGUUUAAGCUAUUGCAGAAGAUGAGAUCUAAGCAAUUGUUGAACCUAGUGUUGUUCGUUACCAACUGCUCCAGCCCCAGCAUCGUAACAGCAUGGUACAGGGUUGCAUGUAUAGGUUCGGUUGUACAUUCGUUUAAGGUCCAAUUAAUAAGAGGCAGAUUGAGGUCACCAAGAAAGAUAAAGGGAAGCUGCCCAUGUUAGUAGUGCAAUUAACUUGUUCGUAUGACCAAGGUUGUAAUCGGGCUCUAUAACAUAGCAAGAAACGAACGUAUUUAAAGACAGUUCACAAACAGUGGUCUCAGGAAGAGCAAGCUCCUGUGUAACAUAAAUCUUUUUCAGACCAAGGGACUUUUUAUAGAAGAUAAAAACACCAUCCCCUCUACGGUUUUCACGAUCAGACUGGAAAACGUGAUAGUCACUUAUAACGGAGUCUGGAAAGGAUACAUUCAACCAUGUCUUGCAGACAAAAAUAAGGUCAAAUAGGGCCGCGUUUAAGAGGAGGAGGAAUUCGGGCGUCCUGUUUACGAGGCUUCUUGUGUUAAGUAACUUGCAUUUUAGACCUGUAGUGGUGGACCUGGAAGAAGUUGGAAGUGUGCAUGCCUAAUUUAAGUUGUUGGGAGGGCAGUUGUUGAGACGCAGGCCACUGGUCCUGCAUUUAAUGCAGUCUAUGUACAGAUCAGUCUCUCCUUGAUCCUGGUGUCUCUUGAGCUCCGAACGAAGCUCGCGGGUGCCAGCACUUUGUACUAUGGACAGGUUGGGCCGUGAAUUAAGUUUCCUAUUAUUUGUGCAGCUUUUGGCGAGUGAGUUUAUUGUGGAGAUGAAUUUGCGUUUGCUAGUUUCACUCUUGCAAAUGACUCUGCAGAAGUGUGGGGCGGCUGAGUCAUCACUGUUCUUGAAUUCAGGGCCAUCAUGGGAAAUGUCGAUGAUUUCAUCGGGAAUGAUGGUUGAUGCCUGGAAGUUGUUGAUGAUGUCACGGAUCUUUGUGAUGUCAUCGGAUUCGUUGAUCCAAAUAAGUUGGUCCAGUCCAAAUAAGAUUGUGUUGGGACACUUCUGUUCACAUUCAAUCACGUCUUUGACAAGGAUGGAGAUGUUACAGGAUUAGCAGUUAUCUGCGGCUGCGGUAGUUGGGUUGGGAUAGGAUUUCAGAAUAUUAGUGCUUUGCUUUUCUGCGUUUUUUCUUUUUCUUCAAGGGAUACUAAUCGCACUUCUAUGGUGUCCACCCGUUCAAGUAGAACAAUAAAUUUGUCCAGUCUGGGCUUACAUGAUGGGCAGAAUAGUGGAAACUAAUUUUUGUAACAAUGGGGAAAGAAUCACCAGGAUAAUGAAGAAUGAAGACAACAAUAGGCAACAUGGGAGCUAGCUUUUUGCUUUGUCUGAAAGUAUAAUAAUAUGGCAAUCAGGUUUCACCACAAGAAGUUGCAAAUGUGCCUCAAAAAUAUUUCUUGUGGGUUAUGUUCUUGUGUGAAUAACAUUUGGAUAAAAAAGAGAGUGCCAGUAGGAAAACCAGAUGCAUAUUCCUAUAGUUAUCAAACCAGAUAAAAGAGAGAAUCAUAAUGUAGUCUCUUAAGGACCUGGCCCAUAAUCUUACCUUUUAUCAUGAAGAUGAGUCUUCUUAUGGAGUUAUAACUCAGUAGAAAAAUUGCCCACAAAGCCUUGAGUUUAACUGUGGUCUCCUAGAUAUAAAGAUUGAAAAGAAGUACCGUAUAUUAGAAUACAAUACAGUAGAUAAUGAAAAUGGUAUGUGGAUCAACAGUGUGAACCAUCUCAGUUGGCACAUUCUAAAAAAAGGAACUCCUGGUCCAAUUAAUUCAGCAAGAGUAAAACUUUAUUGAAAUCUAGGUACAGCAGAAGCAAAGUCAGUUCUGAGGUUUUCCCACGAAAACCUGCAUAGGUAAAACCAGUUACAGACAGUGCUUUUGUUUUGGGAAAACAGUCUGUGCUGUUUGAACAGACUGGAACCUGUCCUUGAUGGGUAUCUCUUCUCAGGCAGCAGAAGGUGCUCAUACAUUCGUUAGACCUCCCCCCUCCCUAGGAAUUUACCCCAUUUCUGUUUGGCAAACUGUGAGCUGAAAUCAGGUACAAGCAACAGUGAAGCCAAGUCAGUUUUGACAAACAGCUUCAUUCAGUUGCCAGAUUUGUGCAUGUCUUAUUUGAUCCUGUUUCUUUUUGUUGCAUUUCAUGGUGCAGGUAUGUAUUCAUACAUAAAAAAAUACUUUAAUGAUUAAGGCAAUUGUCAGUUUCUGUUAAUUAUUUUUCAGGUAUGCCUUUGUAUCCACCAUAUCGAGACAAUUUCUUUGGUUAAGUAUUUAAAUCAGAUUUUUGUGGGAUUUAAAUCAGAAAUUUAAAAUUGCUAUUUAAAAGCAUCCAUCCUGAGUAGAAAAUCCAAUAGGUCCUUCCUCUGUCUAAUUA